AUGAACACGCGGACAGCGCUCCAACCGACACCGGCCGCACUUCACCCCAUGCCCUCUAAAGACUCGGCGAUCCCGCGAUACGCCGAGCUCAUCGAAGAGGAAGGUCAAGGCGCAUUCUUCACCAUCGCCAACGCUCGCUUAUUCGCCUUCGACGAGCUCACGAUUGAACAAAAUAAUGAAAUCGAAUCUUCCUGUGCGGGCAUUUGUUGGGAGAGCGCGUUCGCUUUGAUCGCGUAUCUGCGACGUUUCUCGACGUUCGGCGAUCGUCGAGGGGGUAAGGCGCUAGAGCUUGGAAGCGGAUGCGGGUUGCUGGGCCUCUGCGCGGCGAAAGAGUUUGGGUUCGAGGAGGUGGUGCUCACGGAUACGCGAGAGGCGUUGAGCGCGGUGACGGAACGAAACGUGGAGCGGAACCGAGACGUCGUCGGGGUCGAAAAGGCUCGCGUGAUGGCGUUGAAUUGGGAAAAUGAAGAGGAGUUGGAUGAUGUGGUGAAAUCGGGGCCGUACGAAGUGGUUUUCGGGACGGAUGUGGUGUUCUCCAAACGGCUCGUGGGACCGUUGCUGCGGUGCGUCGAGCGGUGCUUGUCGAAGGAUUGCCCGAGCGUGUGUUACAUUUGCAUUCAAAAAAGGAGUCCAGAUGCGCAUAGAAGGUUCGUGAAGAUGGCUGGGAAGGUUUUCGAGGUGAAGAAAGUGAGCAAGGACCAGUUCUCCUUUGCUGAGGACGACGAGUGCGAGAUUUUCGAGUUACGUUUCCGCGCAAAGGACGCGCACGAGUCGCGUAGAAAAGUGAAGAAGGAAAAGAAGAGGAAGCGAGAGGGAUAA